CCAUCUCUGCUGUUUGAUGGCCGGAGGAAGCGCCUGAGCUGCUGUGGGCGAGAAGAAAGAAAGAAAGAAAGAAAGAAAGCGCAGGAGAGAACGACAGAAGGAAAGAAAAGGAAGGCUGCGUUUUGGACAGGGGGCUGGAGUACGUUUGAGGCGGCAGCAGAAGAGCUUCGGUUCGUUUUACUGCAAAAUUAGCAUUUUUCCUGGCCGCCCCGUCUUCGCGCCUGUGUGCCGGUGUGCGUAUCGAAAAGCUGGGUUCGGGGAGUGCCACUCCUCGGGUAGCCUGUUAGCUCGUCUGCGCGCUGGUCGGAGAGACGGGGGAGUCUGGCUUCGCUGUUUCCAGUCAAUGCGAUAUAAACAACGGACGCCCACGACUGAAAACGGAUCAGUGAGUAACCCAGCGCGAGGCAGGAGUGAAGUACAUCAUUUAGCAGAGGAAAAUGAGCGAACUCGACCAGCUACGUCAGGAGGCUGAGCAGCUGAAGAACCAGAUCAGAGAUGCGAGGAAAGCAUGCGCGGAUGCCACCCUGUCUCAGAUUACAGCUAACAUUGACCCCGUCGGACGAAUUCAGAUGCGCACUAGACGGACACUGAGGGGUCACCUGGCUAAAAUCUACGCCAUGCACUGGGGCUCUGACUCAAGGCUCCUAGUCAGUGCUUCCCAGGAUGGUAAACUUAUUAUUUGGGACAGCUAUACCACAAACAAGGUGCACGCCAUCCCGCUGCGCUCCUCAUGGGUGAUGACAUGUGCAUAUGCUCCGUCCGGCAACUACGUGGCCUGUGGUGGCCUGGACAACAUCUGCUCCAUCUACAAUCUGAAGACCCGUGAGGGCAACGUUCGCGUCAGUCGUGAGCUGGCUGGCCAUACGGGUUAUCUGUCCUGCUGUCGUUUUCUGGACGACAACCAGAUCGUCACUAGCUCAGGCGACACCACCUGUGCUCUUUGGGACAUUGAAACUGGGCAGCAGACAACCACCUUUGCAGGGCACACUGGUGAUGUGAUGUCGCUGUCCCUGGCCCCAGACACUCGUCUGUUUGUGUCGGGCGCGUGCGAUGCCUCUGCCAAGCUGUGGGACAUCAGAGAAGGCAUGUGUAGACAGACCUUCACCGGCCACGAGUCCGACAUCAACGCCAUCUGCUUCUUCCCCAAUGGGAAUGCGUUCGCCACGGGCUCGGAUGACGCCACCUGCAGGCUGUUUGACCUGCGUGCCGACCAGGAGCUGAUGGUGUACUCCCAUGACAACAUCAUCUGCGGCAUCACCUCUGUGGCCUUCUCCAAGAGCGGCCGCCUGCUGCUUGCUGGCUACGAUGACUUCAACUGCAAUGUGUGGGAUACCCUUAAAGCCGACCGUGCAGGUGUCCUGGCAGGCCAUGAUAACCGUGUUAGCUGCUUGGGCGUUACUGAUGAUGGAAUGGCAGUGGCAACAGGUUCUUGGGACAGUUUCCUUAAGAUCUGGAAUUAAAGCCGCAAGAUGGCAUCCGGACUCCAAAGUUGACUGGAAGACCAUUCCAACAUCGAAAUGUUCAAUUUUAUUGCAUAUCCAAUCUUCUCAAACACAACAGAACUGACCCCAUUAUCUGAAGAAACAACAAAAGGGCAAAAGUUAUUCUCCUUCCCAUAAAAAAGAGCACAAUUGUUUCACUCAGCCAGAUCACAAGGAAAUCGGUGGGUUCAUCUUGAUGUGGUGGGGGGAGGGGGUCAAAAGUAAUUGUGCAUUCCUUCCGGGACCAUUUUCUGACGUUGCGUUGAACGAAUAUCCAAAAACCCGCUCAUCACGUUGCGAUUGUCAUUUAGGCUAACUUUAUCUAUCUGUAACUUAAAAGGAGGUGAUCUUCCCCCGUAAGUGAGCUAGGUCUCAAAGGCUUUUUUGGGCAAUUUUUUUUUUCAUCCCAAGAAUUACAUUCAGCUGUUCGGCGGUUAGUGUUUCGGAACGAGGAUCGGAAGCUGUCUUUUAUCGCCUAGUCUUUAAAUAUUUUAGAAUCGAGUUUAUAGAUGGAAGGUAAAACAAUGUUGAAAGUAAUCACUGUCAUUAUAAUCCAGCUUUAUCAUGUCAAAAAAGAGGAAACAAAGUGAACGGUUUGAGCUUGACCAGGGGUCCACUAGCCGCAACCAGGCCUGUAUAUUUAGUCUGAGAUUUUUUUUUUUUUCCUUUUUUUUUUGUUUUUUUUUUUGUUUUUGUGUAGUCACAAAUCUUUGUUUGCACAGGAGUAAAACAUUGCAUAUAUAUAGAAUAAUGUUGAAAAAUGUCAACUAACCAAGCACAUGCUGUUAACGAUGAUGAAUGCUCAUUUUUAAAAAUGAAUUGAAAAGUCCAUUUUAAUCAUGCAUCUUUUUUUUUUUUUUUCUUUUCUUUUUUUUUUUCCUUUCUUUCCCCGGUUGGCUAAUGUAGAGUAAUGAAAGGAAAUGAAGCUUAUCCCAUAGUUUAUUGUUAUUUUUGUUUUAUUUCUCUUCUCCAUGUUCCUUAUUUGUGUUAGAUCUUGGUGUGGAGGGUGUUGACCGGAG